AUUUUAGUCUACAUAAUACGAGUUUUUUUUUUUUUUUUUUGGUUUUUAGCAAGUUUCCUUUUUUAACCAUAGAAAAAAAAGCUCUCUCGUCCUCCUUUUUAAAUAAUGGACAAGCUUUUGGGUAGAAAAGCGACAAGUCAGAAUAGCAACUUGGACAAUGAUAAAAAUAAGCCCUUUUACAAUAACUCGAGACGACAUUAUAAACGUUUUUCAUCUUCGCCUCCCACAAACGCAUGGCAAAGAAGAUUAUUAUCACCCGCCAAAGGCAUCAUUCCUUUAAUCGCCAUUGUCUUUUUAUUUUUUAUGCUCUUUCCUUCCGGUGGUUCAUCUAAAAAAUCCAAUAGAAUACAAUUAAGAGAACAACCCACGUACGAAAAACAUGCAUCGAGUUGUUCAGUUGAAUUAUGUAAUCCUUUAAACAAAUGCUCUACUUGGUUACCCAACCAAAGGUACAAUUGGUCCGAUUUAUCAAAAGCAGGCGUAUUUCGUGAUUUAUCCACCAUUAACGUGAGUACAGGUUGCGAUUUACGCAUCAAGGUUGAAGGACGAGUCGAUGGAGGUGAAUGGUUGACUAUUCCCAACGGAUUGACAGAAUGUACAGAAACGGGUUAUGGCACAAAGUGUCGCAACUUUGUAGAGUUGGAUUUGAAAGCUGAUAUCUUGAUUAUGGCCACGCAAAUGAAAAACUUGAUGAAAGAUAAAUCCAGUCAAAGUCAAGAAAUAAUUCUUGUACAGCAUGCAGGGGAAAUUUUGGAUACGAUGGAUGUUACCUUGAUCAGUCAAUUUUCAGUCAAUCGAUUAGAAACAUUUGCAAAAGCUAUCAAAUCUUGGAGUGGCCCUAUUACCGCUGCCAUUUAUCUCACCAAUGCAGCAGAUAUUGAGGAACUUGUGGAAUUCUUUAGUGUUCAAAAGAAUUUAGAGGCUUAUGCUGGAGUCACAUUAGCACUUGUCAAACCGAAUUAUCUCAGUAACGCACAUCUUGCUUAUCCUAUCAACCAUCUUCGAAAUAUAGCUAUUACAGAAUCAUCCACAGAGUAUAUCUUUGUCUUGGAUGCCGAUUUCUCACCUUCGAUUAAUUUAUAUGGAUAUCUCCGCAACAAACUUCUUCCUUUUAUCGCAUAUCAAUCUGGGAAGAUACCCGAUACGGCGUGGGUUGUACCUUGCUUUGCUUUGCGCGAAGGGUAUGAUCAAAUACCUUUACCUGAUUCUUAUGACGAACUGAGGAAAUUGGUGGGACGUGAUAUUGCCUAUAUUACAGAUCCGGGAGCUGGACAUGGACCUACAUUAGCUACAGAGAUUGCCAUGGUUCGACCUUUAUUAUUAGGCAACCCGCUUGCUUAUGAAGUUUGCUUUGAAUCUCAAUGGGAGCCCUAUUAUAUCUUGCAUCGAUCUGCACCCCUGUAUGAUGCCCGGUUUAAAAACCAAGGUGGAGAUAAACAAGCGCAUGCGCUACAUUUGAAUGCGGAAAAGUUCCGGUUCAUGAUAUUACGUGAAGUCUUUAUGAUGCAUAAAGAUCAUUCGAAAAUGAUUUGGCCCGACGGUGGAUUUGAAAAGGCGCAAAAGGCGAUCAAAAAAUGGAAUUAUUUUGAUGAAUUUAUGCAUGAAAUUGAAUCGCUUUAUGGUACCAAUGUUAGAUGGCCAAAAGGAUGUACUGCAAUGGCAAUAGGAUGGCAGGAUCAACGAAGAGAUGGAUUGGGAUUGGCGGCCGGGGCUGCAUAAAUAACAGGAAGCGUAUAUCACCUUUUUAUAGAUUACAGUCACUAGAUACGAGACUUUAGGAUGGAUGUUAGACAAAAUGAAUUGAUGAAUGGAUCCAGUAGUUAAAUUACAUACGUAAUGGAUCUAAACUAAAUAAACUAUAAUUCUGGAUAAACCAAAUAAGCGGAUAAGGUCAGUAUGGAUUAUUCGAAUUGAAAUCAAAAGGUAGGAUAGAUCAACUUUUUGUUCAUCUGGAUAGUGUCACCAGUGAACCGUGUAACACAUUAUCUCGUAAAACACGUAAUAAUUUUCAUUUUGAGAAAUAUAUGGGAAAAAAGCUGUUCAUUUAUUUAUACAAUUUGCUAAACAAAAGGAUUGAACCUUUUCAUCUUAAAGCGAC